UUGGUGCCACCCCCCCUGUCCUCAGCCCAGCCCUGUCCCCAGGGGUCCCGCGGGCUCCAGCCUCCGGGGAUGGGUGUCCAGCGGGCAGCUGGUUCCUCCCUCGCCUUCAUCCUUCAGUUCCUGACGAUUCCCGGCCCCGGGUGGGAGUUGGCGAGGAGCAGGACUUGAUGUUUUCUCCCCCAUUUUAGCAAACAUGUCCUGACCGAAGACAUCGUGCACCGGGAGGUGACGCCGGACCACAAGCUGCUCUCUCGGCGGCUCCUGACCAAGACCAACCGGAUGCCGCGCUGGGCAGAGCGCUUCUUCCCAGCCAAUGUCGCCCACUCCGUCUACAUCCUGGAGGACUCUAUCGUGGACCCCAAGAACCGAACCAUGACCACAUUCACCUGGAACAUCAACCACGCUCGUCUCAUGGUGGUGGAGGAGCGCUGCGAGUACCGGGUGAACCCUGAGAACAGCAACUGGACCGAGGUCAAGCGGGAAGCCUGGGUAUCUUCCAGCCUAUUUGGCUUCUCGCGGGCCAUCCAGGAGUUUGGUUUGGCCAGGUUCAAAAGCAACGUGACCAAGAGCACUAAGGGAUUUGAAUACGUGCUAGCAAGAAUGCAAGGAGAAGCUCCAUCCAAAACACUGGUGGAGACAGCCAAGGAAGCGACCGAGAAAGCCAAGGAAACAGCUCUGGCUGCUACGGAGAAAGCCAAGGACCUGGCGAGCAAGGCAGCCACCAAGAAGAAGCAGUAUGUGUGAGGGGCCAGCUGCACCAGGACAGAUAGGAGACUCCUUAGAUUUUAUAUUUUUAAAGAAACUGUGUAAGUCUGACAAUCAGCUGCUGUUUGACCCUUUCUGAGAUGUAAUUAUCAUUAAAGAAUCUACUCCCACCUCUGA